AUCCAAGUACUGGCUACCGAGAAGUCCUUCCAGCCCACGCGUCUGACUCAACGACCUACACACCACUUAUCAUCCCUUUGAUACCUACCGUUGCACUGCACCCCACCAGCCUCUCCUCUCCCUGCUCUACGCCGUUGGGCCGUUCCAGCUGGACACUACCACCACUUCAAGUCCCCUGUCCUGUACACUCCAGCCUACGUACCAUGUCCUCCGCUCUCACCUCUAGCCUUCACGUACCCAACUCAUUUGCCCCAUCGCACUGUGGACUAGAACUGUGUGAGGAUCUCGCAAGCGAAGGAUACGACAGUGAAGAGUAUGAUGAGAUGGGUGAACUUUCAGAUUCUCCAUCUUCUCAUCCAUCCAUCUCAAGACCCAGCACACCCCUUGACAUUGCCAUCCGAUCCUCCUCCGCUCCGCGUCGCGUCAGAAGCCAUACCCACUCUGCAUCUCCACCCAAUACCGAUCACUUCACGCUCGCCGUCAAAGCCGAACGCAUCCUAGGCUUGACGCCCGGUACACUCGCUCAUGCCAAAGCGUGCCUCGAGAACGCACGAGACGAAGUCAAACGUACGUCACAGGAACAAUCUCCUCCACCCAUAGACUUCAACACGAUGCACGCCUCUUUCUCCGAUUCUGAGAGAGAAAAAGUCGAAAAGGGAGGCAUGAGAGGAAAGUUUGACCGUGCAAAAAAGGCCAUGUCGGUCGCUCUGCCAGCCAGGAUGCCGUCGGUUGUGGUUGGAGCUGGUGGGAAGGAGGAAGAAGAGAGGCGUGAGAAAAGGCGAAGAGCGGUGGACGGGGUCAUUUACUGGCAGAAAAUGGUGGAAAAGCUGGAACAGGAACAGGCUGCAGCCAGGCAGACGGCCCGGAGGAGGUAGGGUACGAGCUUGAGAAUUGUUUUCCGUGUACCAAUAGAGCCGCAUUUGUACAUAAUGACCCGGAUGACCCCAUACAUAGCAGGUGUUGAAAGGAGUAUGCGUCUUGUCGUCGA